GUUCCUGAAGCCUUUGCUAAUCCUGAUUGCAGGGACCAGACCCAUCAAUCCUCUCAAACUUCGAUCGUGACGGCAGUGCCCCAUGCAUGCCCAUACCACACCCAAGUUCUAACUCUGGGACCCAAUGGAUAUAAGAAAGAUCUUAGCCCGAUGGAUCGGUUUCUUGCCGAAGGACCAGCCGAGCAGAGCGCACUGUUCAUCCGUUCGGAUACCGGCGAGCUUUCGACAAAUAAACGGUGCACUUGCAGGAACAAAACCCGU